AUGGAAACAAGAACAUCAAAAAGAGUAAAUAUGAAAGAACAGAAUACAACGUGGAUGCUCCAAGCUCCCAAUCCGAGCCCUCUUUGUUUUUUUAGAUUUGCCUUUUCUAUGAAUCGUUCUCGGGCUUUUGAUACUUAUUUUAAAGUUCUAUCUUCAGCAAUUGAGAAAUGUAGAGAUGAAGCUGUCAAAAAAAGGCUACAGAAAAUAAGAAGCGUUGAAAUUCAAAAAGACUGGGAGCUGUGGUUAGAAGAGAGGAAAGCGAUUCUAGUAAACCGUUCGAUCCAAAACACCAAUAUAGCUGUGCAAAAUAGGUUUAACACACGCGUAAAAAAUCAGGGCACACUGGCAACAACGCAAACGACGACAAUACCUGAUAUAGACGAUGAAGGGGAAGAAGUGGAAAAUCAUGAAGAUAAAGACGAUAAAGGUGAAGCCGAUAAAGUUGAGGACGUUGAAGAUGAUGUCGAGAAAGAUAAGGACGAUAAAGAUGAGGACGUUGAAGAUGAUGUCAAUAAAGAUGAAUUUGUCGAAAGACGUGAACCAGACACUAUAGGUCGAACAAAACGCUGGACUUUAUCAAGUGGGACCGAUGUGGGACAGGUAUUGGUCUCUUAUAGAUGUCGAAUACCUGAAUCGCAAAAAUGCGUGAAUCCUGUUUACUGGGGAAUCCUCGAUCUCACCGGAACUCACCCAGAAACAAAACAACUCUUCUCUACAGAAGAUUGGACUGAGAUGUUGAAAAGUUUCGAGGACGAAAUAGAAACUGUUGAAGAAAAUAUACCUGACGUCGUAUAUUUGUUUUUCAAUGAAAUUGAGCAGAUAAUAAAGAAUAAUGAGAAGAGUGAGGAUAUUGUAGCGGAAAUUGACGAGAUUUCUUCGCAGAAAAUAGAAGCAAAGCACGAGAUUACACUCGGUGAACAAGAUAAAGCCUAUUUGAUUGAAAUCAAGAGAGCGGUCUUGACAUAUGCGGAGAACCUGGCCGAUGUUGAUCUGCCAAUUUCGGAGUCUGCUUUUGAUAAUUCAUUUACAAACAUGCUCACAAAAAGAUUUCUCGACAAGACCGAAUUGAAGAUGGACUCGGGAGAGAUCUGUUCCUGGGCUUCGGCUCAACGACGUAACGAAGGUCGUCAAUUACGCUCCGUGCCCGGUAUAAAUAAAUUAGAAGCGAUAACAGGCCUCCGAAGUGGUGGUCUGCCAGAACCACAUCAUAAAAAAAUUUUUUCGGAUUUUCUCGACUUAUCUAUAACAAUGAGGGAUAUCCUCCAUGCAUUUUUCAACUCUAAUGCAAACGCCUCGGAUGAAGAUUUGCAUAAAAUAUUUGUUCUUGGAGUCCAGUCGUGGG